GAUAAAAUAGACGAUAUAAAUUGCUCUCGUCCUCUUGACUCGUAUUCUCCUCCUUCCUCCCGCUUUCCUUCCGUUUCCACCGAAAUCCCACUGUACAACACACAAGAAAAAGCUCGGAAGCUGUAGAAGUGCGAAAUCUUCAGCCAUGUCGGACGAGGAGCACCACUUUGAAUCCAAGGCCGACGCCGGAGCCUCCAAAACCUACCCUCAACAGGCCGGAACCAUCCGGAAGAACGGCUACAUCGUCAUCAAGAACCGUCCAUGCAAGGUGGUUGAGGUUUCAACUUCUAAGACUGGCAAGCACGGGCAUGCUAAGUGUCACUUCGUCGGAAUUGACAUCUUCACUGCCAAGAAGCUUGAAGAUAUCGUUCCAUCAUCCCACAAUUGUGAUGUGCCUCAUGUUAAUCGUACUGAUUAUCAGCUGAUUGAUAUCUCUGAGGAUGGAUUUGUGAGUCUUUUGACUGACAAUGGUAACACCAAGGAUGAUUUGAGGCUCCCAACUGAUGAUAACCUGCUCUCUCAGAUUAAGGAUGGAUUUGCUGAAGGAAAGGACCUUGUCGUGUCGGUGAUGUCUGCCAUGGGAGAGGAACAAAUUUGUGCCUUGAAGGAUAUCGGCCCGAAGAACUAGCUUUGCUUCAAACAAAGUGAAGUUGUGGUCAUCAACUGCUUUAGUAGCUGAAUCAUCCCUCGAUUGAUGAAUCUUUGAACGAUGAUAAAAUUAAUGACUUUGUAUCUGUUAACGCUUCAAUCUUCACCUUCUUCUGGCCAAGGUUGUAAGAUUGGUUCGUGCAUCAUUACUGUGUUUUAUGUUGUGUUAUUUUAUGAUAUUGGGUGUAAUGUUAUUGGGUUUUUGGUUGCUUAUUUUGAUAAUCGAAGUCAAAUAAUUUUUGCGAA